AUGCAGCUGACGGGGGUUGUGCAGCAGCAGCAGCAGCAGCAGCAGCAGCGGCAGCAGCAGCAGCAGAAGCAGCAGCAGCAGCAGCAGCAGCAACUUCAUGCCUUCAUUAGAAGUCUCUCAACAGACUGCCGCCUAAAGGCCCAGCAAAGAAACAAAGCAGCAGCAGCAGCAGCAGCAGCAACAGCAGCAGCAGCAGCAACAGCAGCAGCAGCAGCAACAGCAGCAGCAGCAGCAGCAGCAGCAGCAGUUUGA